AUGUCCCUCGAAACAGUCGUGCUCGAGCACGCGCCGUCGUCGUACAAAGUCUACCUCGCUCUCUUUCGCAACGUCCGCAACUCCGGCUUCUUGCACCAGCAGCUGCUCGCGCGAAAUGCCGAUUUCGAAUAUGCCUUUAUCGACGCUUCUACGAUCGUCUCGCGCGUUCAUCUACUUUCGGCGGUAUUCAAGGCAGUAAACAACUCAGUCAAUGGAGCACUAAAGACGCCCAACGUGCAUUCAGAAACGGUUGUAUCAUUGAGUGCUUCCAAUAACAUUUCCGAAGCAUAUCGACGCUUUGGAGUUUCACCGUCCACUACCGAUCUCUUCGUUGUCAAAAUCACCUUUCCGAGCGACAGCAGUCCCGUCCCAGUAUCGGCAGACGCUAUUUCUCAGCACUUAAAGGACAACGUUGAAGGAGACAUCGUGCCUCCCACCAAUGAGAUUGUCUCGAGUAUUGCAGACGUCAAGGCCAUUCGUAAGAACUAUAAGCUUAAUGGUUUAGCUUGGCUAGACACUAUCAAGGACGAGGUGGUCAAGCGUGAGGAGAUUGAGAAGCUGGUCUUGAGUGGCAUGGCACUGCGGGGUCUAUGA